AUGACUGGGAACGUCGAGAGAGAAAGAGAGGAGCCUAAUCUGACAACUAGGCCUCUUCACAACUUCACAUUGCCGUCGUGCCUCAAAUGGGGUCACCAAAAACACCUUCGUAGGAUGAAGCGCGGCAAUUUUUCCGGUGAUCACCCCGAGGUCAACAAUGGCGAUAAGAAACCCUCUGUGGAGGACGACGACUCCAACCCCGCUGCUGCCUGCCCAUGGACUUUGCGUAGUCACCGAGCUAGGGACGGGACUGGAAAAGUAGUGAACUUAGUGCAGCCACAGAAGAGUAAGUUUUCAAUCGCCCUCUCCAGAGAAGAGAUUGAAGCAGAUUUCACUGCCUUCACCGGUGCCAAACCACCCAGAAAACCCAAGAAAAGGCCCAAAGCUAUUCAGCAGGAGAUUGAUGUGAGAGAUAAAGAUAAUGCAGAGGAGGCAAAGUUAAAUUCCAAAGAGGAAAAAGAGUAA